ACCAGGCCACUCCCCCAGAUAACUUUGCAUGAGGAGCACAGCCUUCAUAAAGGACGCCUCUCCAGGCACUGUUAUUUUAUUCUUUAUUUCACAGAGGCAGCAGAGAAGGUGCAAGAAGGGCAGCGUGAAGUAAGAGCAGAAACUUCACAGCCGGUUGGUUUUGUACAGGAGAAGCAAACAGGAGAUCAUGAGGAAACUUUAAAGACAAAUACAGAAGGCAAGGCUCAGAAACCACUGGAAAUGAAUGGGAAUGCACCAGUGCCACAUUCCUAUGACUACGAUCUCAUUGUCAUUGGUGGGGGAUCAGGUGGCCUGGCAGCUGCUAAGGAGGCUGCCAAAUAUGAAAAGAAAGUACUAGUGCUGGACUUUGUCAAGCCUACACCUCUGGGAAACUCAUGGGGUCUUGGAGGAACUUGUGUAAAUGUGGGCUGUAUACCUAAAAAAUUGAUGCACCAGGCAGCUUUACUGGGGCAAGCCUUGCAGGAUGCACGCAAAUUUGGAUGGCAGUUUACGGAGGAAGUCAAUCACAACUGGAUGACUAUGACAGAAUCUGUUCAGAACUACAUUGGCUCACUGAACUGGGGCUACCGGGUUGCACUGAGAGAGAAGUCAGUCACGUAUGAGAACGCAUAUGGAGAAUUUGUUGGGCCACACACAAUUAAGGCAACAAAUAAAAGAGGAGUUGAGAAGCUGUACACAGCUGAGAGAUUUCUCAUUGCCACUGGUGAACGACCACGCUACCUGGGUAUACCUGGAGACAAGGAAUACUGCAUUAGCAGUGAUGAUCUUUUCUCUCUGCCUUACUGUCCAGGGAAAACCCUGGUGGUUGGAGCUUCCUAUGUUGCCUUGGAAUGUGCAGGGUUUCUUGCAGGUCUUGGGUUAGAUGUCACUGUAAUGGUGAGAUCCAUCCUCUUAAGAGGAUUUGACCAGGAUAUUGCAAACAAAAUUGGUGAAUAUAUGGAAGAACAUGGAGUCAAGUUUAUUAGAGAGUUUGUGCCGAUCAAGGUUGAGCAGAUUGAAGAAGGAACUCCUGGAAUACUGAAACUUACAGCCAAGUCUGCAAAGGGGAAUGAAAUAAUUGAAGGGAAAUACAAUACUGUAUUGCUAGCAAUUGGAAGAGAUUCAUGCACAAGAAAUAUUGGUUUGGACAAAGUUGGAGUGCAAAUCAAUGAAAAAACAGGAAAAGUUCCUGUCAACGAUGAGGAGCAAACAAACGUGCCCUAUAUCUAUGCUGUUGGAGAUAUAUUACAGGACAAGCUGGAACUCACACCAGUGGCAAUCCAGGCAGGAAGAUUGUUAGUUCGAAGGCUUUAUGCUGGGGCAACCACAAAGUGUGACUAUGUGAACGUUCCAACUGCUGUAUUCACUCCUUUGGAGUAUGGAGCCUGUGGGUAUCCUGAAGAGGCUGCGGUGGAGAAGUUUGGGGAGGAAAACAUUGAGGUGUAUCAUAGCCAUUUCUGGCCACUGGAGUGGACAGUGCCAUCCAGAGACAACAACAAAUGCUAUGCAAAGAUAAUUUGCAAUAUCCAAGAUAAUGAGAGAGUCAUUGGUUUCCAUGUCCUUGGUCCAAAUGCUGGAGAAGUCACCCAAGGGUUUGCAGCUGCUAUGAAAUGUGGGAUAACAAAAGAACAGAUGGACAACACCAUAGGAAUUCAUCCUGUCUGUGCUGAGAUAUUCACCACUCUCUCUGUGACUAAGCGUUCUGGUGAAAGUACUCUUCAGUCUGGAUGCUGAGGUUAAAGACCCCCAUUCUUGUUAUUGCCAGAGACUGACCUUCAUCACAAUGUCCAACUUCUGCAAUUCAGAAGAAAUGUUUAGGGACAAUCCAUCUUGGGAUGUCUGCAGAAGUGUGUAGAUAUUAACCAGCACAUUCAGUCAUCCUAAUGGAGAAGAGCACUGCAGGAGUUGGUCACUUGUGGUGAUUGGCUGGCAAUUAGCAAUGCAAUGGGAAUAUUGACUAUUGAGCUGUUGCUUAGCAGGGCAUUUAACAAAUGCUUUCAUGAAGUCAUAGCCUGAAACCUGCAUUGUCUGGUAGGCAGUGAUGGAAGAACUGCUAGCACAGCUGGACAACUGUUCUGGUUUGGUUUGAUUCCUCUCUAGUUUCUUACUUGAACAAAGAACUUCUGAACUCAAGAAAAUUACCACAAGUUCAGAUAAUUGUUUGGUACCCCUAGGUGCUGGGUUAUAACACAGCAAUUGCAAGGUCUCCUGAGCAUGUGUUUACCAGCUCACAUGCCUGUGGAGGGGAAAUUGGGACUGCAUGUUUGAUCAUGAGGAAGAAAAUAACAUUUGAAAAUAGUUUAGUACCAUCUAGAAUAACGUAUUUCUUGGCUUCCAAACUGACUCCGUUGUGACUUUUUUGUUUUAGAGAAACUUAUUUGUGCAAAUGUUCUCGUUAGUGAGAAUGGAAAAUAUUUUUUUAUUAAGGCCUUGUUAUACAGAAAGUUGUUUGUUCUUUUUCCUCCUGAAAGCAAUAACCAUGGCAUGUAACACAGAUGUGGUGGUCUUAGCUUUAUCUUGCAGCUUAACGUGAUUAUAAUUAAUCCAGUUUGGAACUGACAGUUCCAAUGUUGAAUGAAUUGUAUUUCCAAGAAUUCCAUGCAACUUUAUUAAAUUUGAACACAUUCUUUCUUUGCAGGUGAUCUAUUGUACGUUGCACUAUUUCAGGUCAAAAUUGGACACUUUGAACACAGCAGUAUUGAGAUUUUCCCUCAGAUUAGUAGGCCUGUAGGAUAAAACAAACAAACAAACAACACUCCCCAAAACAAGAAAGCAAAGCAAACUCCCACCCACUUCAAAAACCAAUAGUGAAAAAUCUUCAGUGUAGGUAUGGCCUAAAAGCUGUAUUUUAUUCCACGUGUGCUUUGUUUUACGUUUAAUUAAAAACCCAAUACUUUUAAGAGAUUUCCGUUGAAAAUAACAAAUUCGUGAAUAUUCCUCCUGCAUUGGAUAAACUUCAUAUUUAUUUAGCAAGAAAUUUUUAAAAUGCGUCUUUGUAACAGAAAGGAAUGUGGGUUUUGAUCUGGUUUUUCAUUUCCCUCUGUUUUAGCAGGAAUGGUUUUAUUAAAUGGUUCUCAGGUUCUCAAUAGCGUGGUGUGAAAAGCAGGUAAAUGGGCAGAGUGCCUUGCGUCAAAAUUUCUACCUGUUAACCAAUUCAUGUAUUUCUACUGAGAUUUCUAAAAUACUGUUUUAAGUUAUUUUUUGUAACUUAAGGAUUUUUAAAUGUGUUUUGUAUGGUGUCAUGAACAAUCUGUAGUGGUAUUUUUCUGGCCAGUUUAUUAAAUAAAUUGAAUAUUUGCACCAACAUACGCAUAUUUCAAUGCUUCUUCCAAGCAAAGAGUGACAGCAAGCUCACUUUCUUCUUUUAAA